AUUCGAUACAGCAGUUAGUUUUAUGUAAUGGAGAGUGAAGUGUGAAUGUUCGAUGGAGUGUAUUAAAGUUGAGGUAUAUACCAUGCUUUGGAAGAAUAAAGGAAGAUUACCUUCACAAAACUGGAUUAACAAGUGAAAAAAAUUAGUUCAUAGUUUAAGUUUAUACUCAAAUUUAACCCCUUGGUACAAGUGAGUGUAUAAUAAUGGUCUAUUUUUUUGUGGAGUUAUAUUCUGAUAAUACCACAGUGAAAGGAGUUAGCUAAUUCCAUUCAAGAUGUGAAAAGAACAAAUUAAUCAGGUGUUUUCUAAUCUGGAUUUAAAAUGGAUCAACAGUGUGGUUUAGAAAAUAGUUACGAUUUAUUUAGCACUUGUACGCGCCUCGCAAGAAGUGUGUUCCUAGUGUCUGCGAUUGGAAAUAUUCCUUUAUCGUAAAUGAAAUUAUUUUUUACUUUGUUGAUAAGAGGUUUCUGACAUAGCGAAUCAUGGGGAAUAAGUGUGGUCGAAAAGAGGCUGACCCAGAUUCUGCAUGGAAGCAACAGAACAAAGAAAUUGCGACGAAUCCGGUCUAUAAAUUUGUCGAUUUUACUGGUGGAGGGAAGUUGAUCGAGGCUUAUAAGACAGGAGGGGCCACAGCGGUGGAGAAGAUUGCAAAAACGGAGAUGUUACCGUACUUGUACAAUGAGGGAAAUGGUGCUAUUAUAACUAAGUUAGACUACAUAAAAUGGCAAUGCAGAAUGCAAGCAAAGUAUACGGGUUCAAGCGUGUGGGAAACUCGCACUGAUGAACAACUAUUGAGUGAAUUCAAGGAGGAUUACUUCAACAAAGUAGUCACCCAUGAAGCAUGCUGGGACCUCAAUAAAAGGGGUGGGGUGGGGGAAAGCCCGUUCCAUUUGUUAUAUCUCUUAGACUCUCCAACUCAUCAUGCUGUUGGUGAAAUACUUCUAAAUUUGUAUCCCAAACUUAGCCUAGAUGUUUACGAAGGAGAGGAAUAUUUUGGGGAGAGCGCUUUACAUAUAGCCAUUGUGUUUGGUAGUCUGGAGGCGGUGAAACUCCUCAUCAAAAAAGGUGCUCUGAUCGACCAGCGCUGUACGGGGCGAUUCUUCCUACCAGAGGACCAGAAAAAGGGCUACACCAAAACUACCGACUACGAAGGCUACGCCUACUACGGUGAAUAUCCCAUACAUUUUGCCGCGGCAACAGGUAACCAGGAAAUUUACGACUACCUCAUCGACCACGGUGGAGACCCCAAUGCCCAGGAUACGUUCGGAAACACCGCUCUUCAUAUGGUGGUCAUCUGCAAUCAAGUGGAAAUGUAUAAAUACAUCGUAAGGCAUCACACGCUUCCCGCCAAAACCGAUAUUAAGAAUGCUGUAAACUUGACUCCUCUGACUCUGGCCAGUAAACUCGGCAGGCAGACCAUCUUCAAAGAAAUGUUGGAACUAGGAAGUCUGAACAGCUAA